AGAAUAAAAAGAAAAAAAAAACAUCCGAGAUAUAAUAUGAAAAAUAUGAAAAAUAUGAAAUAACAAAGUUACGUGGAGAUUGAAUAAUAAAAUAAAAUGAUCGCAUCCUGUGGUAUCACGAUUAGUAAUAACUGAUGAUGAUGCUGUUGCUGCUACCAGUAGUAGUGAUGGAGUUAGUGGUGGUGGUGAUAGUGGUGGUAAUGGUUACGGUGGUGGGGAUGUUAAAAAAGCACCCCAGAACAUACAGUCAAAGACUUCUUUACUUCUCCACCUGGAUUCUGCGAUGAGUUUUCGUCGAGUGUCCGCAGUUCUCUCACGUUCGUCGCGUCUUAUUGAUCGAGCAUAAUUUUAUUUUCGUUAUUGUUCUUAUUAUUGUUUAUUUUCCUUUUUCAUUUAUCUCUUUCUCUCUCUCUCUCUCUCUCUCUCUUUUUCUCUCUCUUUUUCUCUCUUUCAUUCUUUCUCUGUAUAUCUGUCUUUCCUUAAAUUUUCUCUUACAUUAUUUUUUUUUAUAUCUUUUGUACAUUCUCUUCAACGAUAAAAUCGUUUGUAAAUAUAGAAUAGAAACGUAGAUACCGUUUUCGAAAGUAAUUAUAAAUUUCUUAUUUCCUCGAAGAGGUAUCGUCUGUUAACUUUUUUUUUUCUACUAAAGAAUACGGAUCAAGAGAAAAAUCAAUCUACUUCUAAAUUUGAUGCCAUUCUCAAAGAUUUGUAUGAAAAAGAAAAAAAUAGAAGAUUAAAAAAAGAGGAUUAUAAGUAUAUUUCUUAUCGUCCGAACACUAUAUCUCACUUGCCACUUGAAACUCUAUUUCAAUAAGAUUAACAAGCAUAACUGAAAAUAUGUGUCUGAAAGUGUGAACGAAGAAAAUCAUAGAAGUAUAAUACGAAGAAAAAAAUAAAAUAAAAUAAAAUAAAGACAAAAAAGAAGAAGGAAUAAGUGUAUUCUCGUAAAAUUUUCAAGUGUUCUCAUUUCAUCGAAAGAGUUUAAUCUUAUUUGAUAAGAGAAUAGCAAACAAAGGAAAAAGAGAGAGAAAGAAGAAGAAGAAGAAGAAGAAGAAGAAGAAGAAAAGAAAGGAAGAAAGAAGAGAAAAGAAUAAAAAAAAAGUAUCAAAGCGAUAGAACGAAGAUGACAUAUCUAAAAUUACUCUUGCUCAUUUAUCUCAGUGAAUCCUUUCUCUUAUUUCAUUAUUCCGUAGCCACGGAGAUUGAAACGAUAAUGACACGUACGUUACCGCUUUAUGCGAUGCUCUCAAAUGCACAUCUUCUUAAUUCAACAAAGUGCACUAAGGAAUUGAUGAAUUUACGAGAUGCUAUCGAUCGGCGAACGUUAUGGAGCUUAAAAGUAAUGGAUUCAAGUGGCAUACCAAAACCCGGAUUCGUUUAUGGAAAUAAUUAUUGGUUUGGUAUCCAAAGUCAAUGCAAAGACGUGAACAAUAGAGAUCCAUUGAUACUUGUAGAAAAGGAAAUAAUGAAUAAUUCGAAAUAUCGUCACGUAGAAGAUGAAUUUCCACCAUACGAAGUGAAAUAUUUCGUCGCAUAUUUCAGACACAAUAGUACUUUGCAAUACCACGUUAGAUUACCUAACGAAAAUUUGGUAACACUCGGAAUGUGCUUACCGGCCACUUGUUCAAAGGACGAACUAUUUAUUCUUCUUGAAAAAGUUUUUAAAGAUAGAAGUCUUAUUGUGGGUGACCUAUAUUCAGCUGAUUUUGAGUUGUUCAAAGUAAAAGAUCUAAUUGACGACCAUCGAUGGCUCUUGAGUGGAACAUUCAUAUCAAUCAUGAUUCUAUUGAUACUUACGUGCUUGUUAAUGCUAAUAGGAACGAUCUAUGACGUUCUAAUAUAUCAAAGACGCUUAAAGAGGCAUGCUAAACUUCUUAAAAGUUAUGAAAAUACUAAUUCUUCUCAGACAAUCGAUAUUAAAAGAAAAGAGGAGGAUCCUGAGGACAAGCUGACAGCAUUGAAAUUUCAAAGUAACAUCGGUAGAAUAUUUCUAUCAUUUUCCGUUUACUCGAACACGAAGAUUAUAUUUAAUACAAAACUUAAUAACGAAUCUAUAUUAGUUAUACACGGUUUAAAAUUCCUAUCGAUGUUAUGGGUUAUUAUGGUACACACGAUAUUCUACAUGCAUGACUAUACAGACAAUAAGAUAAUAACUUGGAGAAAAUCAGAAGGUUUUGCUAAUCAAGUGUUAAGCAACUCGACUCUAUCGGUGGAUACAUUUUUUUUCCUCGGUGGUUUCCUCGCAGUUUAUUUGUAUUUCAAAGCAGAAAAGGGGAAAAAGAAACAUCGGCCAUUCAAUUACGUUGCUGAAGCUAACAUGUUCUUCAUGAAUCUCUUAAAAAGAUUUAUCAGAUUGACACCGGCUUAUAUGUUUGCGAUGGGAAUAUUCGAAAUAAAUUCAAUGUGGUACAAUUAUACCUCGGAGUUUUAUAUGGACGAACGUCCAUAUGAGAUCUGUCCGAAAUAUUGGUGGAGGAAUAUACUCUAUAUUCAAAAUUUCUUUAGCAGAGAGACUAUGUGUAUGUCUUGGAGUUGGUACUUGGCGAAUGAUAUGCAAUUUUUUGCGAUAAGUACAUUCCUGUUAACGUUAUCGUCCAUGUACUUCAACGUGGCAGUCAUCUUGCUAAGUCUAUUGUUCAUCACAUCGACGAUCGUAACAGGCUAUAUAUCCUAUAUUUACGAUUACGUUCCUACAAUGGAUCAACAGUACCAUCUAUUAGAUAUCCUGUACGAUCCACCCUGGACUAGAAUAGGACCUUAUAUAGUGGGUAUGGUCACCGGUUAUAUCGUUAUCAAAUUAAACAACGAAUUACAAUGGAAAAAGAAAACUAUUAUAUUAUUCUGGAUACUUGGUAGCGCUUGCAACGUAUUAGUACUUUUUGGAUUAUGGAAAAGAAGCAUAUCAACUAUAUCUGCUGCCUUUUACGUUGCCCUUAAUAGAACAGUUUGGGGAGUAGGCUUGGCAUGGCUCUUAAUCGCUUGUGUCACGAAUCACGGAGGUAUUGUGAAUAAGAUUCUUUCGUUCAAAGGUUGGAUACCAUUCAGUAGAUUGACUUACAGUACCUACCUUUUAAAUCCUAUUAUUAUCAAUUCCAUUUACUUGCACAGCGAAACUUCUGUUCACGUUGAUUUUCUAUCAAACGUAGGUCAACCAAUCACUUACAAUUCUUUUAAUUUCGAUCAUAUUGCAGAUAUUAAUAACUAAUUAAUCUUUUUCUUUCUUUCUUUUUUCUUCGUUUAUACGCUCCUCCAGUCAGCGCUCUUUUUAGGAAACUUUGUGAUCAGUUACGUAUGCGCUUACGCAUUCACGAUGAUGUUCGAAACGCCAUACAUCCUGUUGAUGAAACAAUUCAUUGAUCAUACCAGAAAAAAAUGAUCGAUCCGUUCUUUGCACCUAUCCAUUCACGGAUGAUAUCUUUAUAUUCAUUAAAUUGAAUUAUCACAAGGUUUUUCUUUGAUGUUUUGUAAUUUAUUGGAAAAAAAUGUAUAUGUUCGA